UGUCAUUGUGCUGCUACAGUGGUGAAGAUCAGCACGCCUCUAAAAAUGUCUUUUAAACGUUAAAUAUAUUAUAAAUGAUCUUGUAGCCAAAUAUUAAUGGUGCAUAUGUGUAUGGAGCAUGAUUGUGAGUGAAGAGGAGUGAUUCCGAUAUGGGAUGUUCACUGUAACGCGCAUCAGCACGAGCUUCAUCACAGAGGGCAACGCGGUCACGUGAUCACGAGGAGUCCCGGCCGGACAGGAGAAAUGUCCGUUCAUCUGCUCAUCGGCGAUUCAGCUCUAACUCUUCAAACAUUCACCCGAUCACAGUACAGAUGUUAUUUAGUCAGAUAUAAAUGUGACACAGUGGACUGCAGCGAGCAGCGUCGGUGAAAGCGGCUGCGUCAGCAGAGAACACACGCGUCGCGUCGCGUCUUGCCGCAGCAUCCUUGAGGUCGCGGACAGAGCCGAGUUUUGAUGGACCGCAUGAAGAUCAUUAAAAAGCGCCUGUCCAUGAGCCUGCACAGUGUACGGCGUUUGGACGAGAGUCUGUCUGAGCUUCCUGAAGAUACGGGACUGGAUGAGCCUCCCUUGUCACGAGACAUUGGUGUAGUCCAUGGGAAGAUGUGGUCAGAUGGAGAAAGUGAUCAAGCUUCAGGAACCUCUUCUGAUGAAGUUCAGAGUCCUGUAAGAGUGCGUAUGCGCAACCUUCAGCAGCGCAUCUCUAAUGAGGACAUCAAUAAACGUCUCUCACUGCCAGCGGAUAUUCGUUUGCCAGAAGGUUACCUAAAGAAAUUUGCCUCAAACAGCCCCCCGUUUGACAAACCUCUAAGUCGAAGGUUUCGCAGAACGUCACUUUCAGAAAUCGGCUUUGGCAAAUUAGAGUCGUAUGUCAAACUGGACAAACUGGGAGAGGGCACAUAUGCCACAGUGUUCAAGGGUCGUAGUAAAUUAACAGAUAACCUAGUGGCUCUGAAAGAAAUCCGGCUGGAGUAUGAGGAAGGCGCACCCUGCACCGCCAUACGAGAAGUGUCUCUCCUGAAGAACUUGAAACAUGCCAACAUCGUCACGCUCCACGACAUCAUUCACACAGAGAAGUGCCUUACACUAGUCUUUGAGUACUUGGAAAAGGAUCUCAAACAGUAUUUGGAGGACUGUGGGAGCAUAAUGAGUAUUUAUAAUGUAAAGAUUUUCCUGUUUCAGCUAUUGCGAGGUCUAGCUUAUUGCCAUCGGCACAAAGUUUUGCACAGAGACCUAAAACCUCAGAACCUUCUGAUCAGCGACAGGGGAGAGCUCAAACUUGCUGACUUUGGUCUUGCACGUGCAAAGUCAGUGCCCUCGAAGACCUUCUCUAAUGAAGUCGUCACUCUCUGGUACAGACCUCCAGAUGUGCUGCUGGGAUCAACAGAGUACUUCACCUCCAUCGACAUCUGGGGUGUAGGUUGUAUAUUCUAUGAAAUGAUCACCGGACGCCCCCUCUUCCCUGGGUCGACAGUGGAGGAUGAACUUCGUCUUAUAUUUCGCAUCUUGGGUUCUCCUACUGAGGACUCUUGGCCAGGGGUCAAUACCAAUGACAACUUCCUGUCAUACAACUUCCCUCACUAUGACGGAGAACCUCUGAUCACUCAUGCACCCAGGAUCACCAAUGACGGUCAUGAUCUGCUAUGCCAGUUUUUACAGUUUGAAGCAAGUCAGCGUAUUUCUGCAGAAGCGGCUCUUCGGCACAUUUAUUUCAGAGAACUGGGAGACAAAGUGCAGGACCUGGAUGACACUACCUCCAUCUUCUCCGUGAAGGAGAUUCGACUGCAGAAGGACCCAGGAAAACACUUUCCAGCUCAAAGAGAGUUGGCAGUGGUCCAUCGAAUGGGCUCUGCCCCACCUGAACAUUUUCUCUCUGAAGGAGUAAAUCGUCUUCUUCAUCCUGCCCCGCUCUCUUCAUAGACCUGCUCGUACAGUCUUUGCUUUCCUGUGCACUUGCUGUGUAACAUACUGUUUGUCUUUCUUUGUUUACAAAGUUCUCUUUUAUCGUCUUUUUUAUUGUUUUUAUUUGCACAUAUUUGUCUCUGUAUGUAAAUAUCAGUAUGAAAUACAAUGAAGUAAGAAAUAAAAUCAUUAUGAUAGGCAUCAAGUACCAAAGAUGUGUAAUGCCGAAAAACUUGUUUGUUCAUGGGAAUCUAUGGCAGCCCAAAUAACCACAGGCUAAAGGGUUGUGAAAUGGUAUAGCCGUGGCAUGGUCUCCAAAUGACAACAAAUUUAGGAUUUGCCCCUCAACGUCUCCAGUGCCACUGCAUUUUCUGCUGAUAUCAGUUUUGCCUGGUUUCCCAUUUUACGAUUGGGCAAAGCCAAAUUUAGUGCACCUUCACUAUUAGCCAUAUUACAACGUUCACCAUCUUGGAUUUUAGCUGAAGUUUAGCCAAAUUGUAGCUGCUUUUUCUUCUCCAAAAAAGGUGUACAAUCUUGACCAAUUUUGACUCCCACAUCAUGUGUUCAGACUAUGUUUGAGAUAAAACACCACUGUAUAUGAAAUGUAUUAUAAAAAAUAAACUUGCCUUGCCAGUACAAAACUAACCAAAUGGAUCUUUAAAAUUCAACAAUUCAGCAAUCGCUUGGCAGUAUUUGAUGGUGAAGAUGCCAAAACAGGCAGAGAAGCUUCAUCUUUUCAAUACUGCUGAGUACUGAAUAUUGAGUCCUUCUCGAUUUGGAAAGCUGCGCCCUAGUAAGGCUGCAUAUCUGGGCUGCACGUCAUCAAGCACCAUCGAAGGCCGUCUCAAUUUGGAGGGCCCUUGGAAGGCAGCCUAUGUUUUGCGUCCCUCAUUCGGCAUAUUUUGAAGAAUGCAUAGUAUACUCUACAAGAAUUGGCAGAAAGCCAGUCAGCACUGAGCUUGUUCAAUUUCAUUAUAUAAUGCAAAACAAAACAAACCAUUACUAAACCAUCUCAUUCUAGCAUUCACUGCUGAGAAGGAGUCUAGCCUACAGUAGAAGCCUCAGGAGGACACAGCCUUCUGUUUGAGGCGCAGCCCAGAUUUAGGUCUUCACACUAUGACGGGCAGAGUUUGCUGUCUUCCUACAGGGAGCUGUCCAGCAAUACCAAUAUUUUCAGAUGCUUCCAUAAGCUCUGUGGAUCUAAACUUUUUCAAAAUAAGCCAAUAAUUGUUUGCCAUCAUUACCUUUUUUAUUAUUCACUUUAUCGCUCUCUUCAGCUCAGGGGAAGUCUCGUCAACAAAGUGUUUUGUUUUAACUCAUAUUGGGGUGUAUGUGAUGAUGUCACAGCGAUGCAGACAACAGGCACGUGAAAAGAGCAUGCAAUCAACGUUCAACAGAAAAACUCAAAUAAAAGAUUCACCAUAUGGGCAUAUUUGGAGCAUGGUGUUCAUUUAUACAUGUAAAUAUGCUUGACUUCACUAAUACACAAUCACGGGUAUACCAUAAGGUGUCGACUUAAGGCUGUGGAAAACAAAUCCGAGAGUUGUAGUAGUGGUUAAAGCUCUGGUAACCCAAAGCUGUCUGGUUUAGUGUCAGCAAGGAGUGAUCCAUGAGCCAUAAUCACUGUUUACAUGCACUUAUCUGAAUGAAUCUGACUGCAGCUUUCAACAGUAAUGUUUUAUAUUUGAAUAUAUGUAUAUAGGUCUUUACACUUCUGGUUAGAUGCUUCUGUAUUUCAUUGGCUCUACUGUACUCUGCACAAUGACAAUAAAGUUGAAUCUAAUUUAAUGUAAUUACACAAACCUGUUGUGCCUUAAUCUCAGGAGGAAUCCAUUUGAAGCAGGAAGUAAAGAUGGCUCUUCUGUGUCUGUGAUAAAUCAGGGUGUAAACAAUUUCACACACAUUGGUUCAGAAAAGCACAAAUUAUCAACCAACGUUUGUUAGCUAAAUGAACUAGUAAUAUUUUACAAUAAGAUUCAAGGUUUGCUAAAAUUAAAGUAUUUAGCAUCGA